CACCCUAGGGUUCCUGCAGAAGAACAACAGUCUGGAGGAGAAGGGGAGGCUCGCGGGCCAGAAGAACCUGCUCUCGUGCGACAACAGCGACAGGGACGCGCGCUUCCGCCGCACCGAGACCGACUUCUCCAACCUGUUCGCCAGAGACUUGCUGCCAGCCAAAAAUGGAGAAGAACCGACCCUGCAGUUUUUGUUGGAGGUGGUCGACAUCCUCACUAACUACGUCAAGAAGACUUUCGACCGCUCCACCAAGGUGCUGGACUUCCACCACCCUCACCAGCUCCUGGAGGGCAUGGAGGGCUUCAACCUGGAGCUGUCCGACCAGCCCGAGUCCCUGGAGCAGAUCCUGGUGGACUGCAGGGACACGCUCAAAUAUGGCGUCCGGACAGGUCACCCACGCUUCUUCAACCAGUUGUCUUCUGGUCUGGACAUCAUCGGUCUGGCCGGAGAGUGGCUUACUUCCACUGCUAACACCAACAUGUUCACCUAUGAGAUCGCUCCAGUGUUUGUUUUGAUGGAGCAGCUGACUCUGAAGAAAAUGAGAGAGAUGAUUGGCUGGCCUGGUGGAGAGGGAGAUGGCCUCUUCUCACCAGGGGGCGCUAUCUCCAACAUGUACAGUGUGAUGAUCGCACGUUACAAAUAUUUCCCUGAGGUCAAGACCAAGGGCAUGUCUGCCGCUCCCCGCCUUGUCCUUUUCACAUCUGAACAUAGCCACUACUCCAUAAAGAAGGCUGGAGCCGCUCUGGGCUUUGGUACUGAUAAUGUGAUUCUGCUAAGCACAGAUGAGAGGGGGAGAGUAAUUCCUGCAGAUCUGGAGGCAAAGAUCAUUGACGCUAAACAGAAGGGUUACGUGCCGUUGUUUGUGAACGCCACAGGUGGCUCAACUGUCUACGGUGCGUUCGAUCCCAUUAAUGAGAUUGCUGACAUCUGUGAGAAGUACAACUUGUGGCUCCACGUUGAUGGAGCGUGGGGUGGUGGACUGCUGAUGUCCAGGAAGCAUCGCCAUAAGCUUAAUGGAAUUGAGAGGGCCAACUCCGUCACAUGGAACCCUCACAAGAUGAUGGGCGUGCCUCUACAGUGCUCUGCAAUCCUGGUCAGAGAGAAGGGAAUCCUGGCAGGCUGUAACUCCAUGUGUGCCGGCUACCUGUUCCAACCAGACAAACAGUACGACGUCACCUACGACACUGGGGACAAAGCCAUCCAGUGUGGCCGUCAUGUUGACAUCUUUAAGUUCUGGCUCAUGUGGAAGGCCAAGGGCACCAUUGGGUUUGAGCAGCACAUUGACAAGUGCUUGGAUCUGUCUCAGUACCUGUACAACAAGAUCAAGAACAGGGAGGGAUAUCAGAUGGUGUUUGAUGGAGUGCCCCAGCACACCAACGUUUGCUUCUGGUACGUCCCACCCAGCCUGAGAGGCAUGCCAGAUGGUGAUGAGCGGAGAGAAAAACUCCACAGGGUGGCACCAAAGAUCAAGGCCAUGAUGAUGGAGUCAGGCUCCACCAUGGUGGGCUACCAGCCUCAGGGUAAUAAAGUCAACUUCUUCCGUAUGGUCAUCUCCAACCCCGCGGCCACCCAGUCUGACAUCGACUUCCUCAUUGAUGAGAUUGAGAGGCUGGGUAAUGACCUGUAGACCUCUCAGCCAUCGCUGCUCUUCAGAGCUGCACUUAUGCUCUUUUAUCUAUUGUAUUUUUAAGGCAAAUGCCAAUGAGGUGAAACAUUCACAGUGCUGCAGACAGAGUCAUGAAAGGACACGUUUUCUAUCUGGUCUACCUUCGCCUGCAGCAUUCUGACUGUUCCCCCAACUGAAGAGAAACUAGCAAUGAGAGAGACUUCAAGUUUUCUUACUUGUUCUGUCCCACAUUGUUCCUCCUCUAGACAAAAUAUAUAGAAGUAUCUGAAGGCUCCAGGUACAACAACCACACUCUAAUGUAUGUGUGUGCUGUGAAAUCUCGUAAUGUGUGUGUGUAAUCUAGUUUCUUGUCCGAUGUAGUUUGUCUCUCAGUGUCUGCCUGUCUGUGCCUGAAUGUGUGUGUGAGAAUGUGAUCAAACACUGAAAGGGAGAAAAAGCACAGAUCAAAAUAUAACAAAGUAUCAUGAAAUUAUUCCUCUGUAUCAUACGUUUACUACACAAAAUUGAAUCACUGGUGCUUUCGGCUGUACAUACAGUAUAUUUAAUCUCGGUGCACCGACCUAUUUGUCCUAAAGCAGUGUCCAAUUCCCCGAAGCAGUGUGUGUGCAGGUGUGCAUGUGGCACACUGAGUGUACCCUGUCAUGUAUUUUAGGCUAGCACUGUGUUAAAAAUAAGCUUAUUAUGACCUAAUGUGCACACCGUAGAUACCAAGUGUGUAAAGCUGAGAGGAUUUAGAUGAGCAACUGAUUUACAGUCUGCAAAUAUUUUCCCUCGUAGAGGUUUUAAGAUUAAGAUUUAAAAUGUCUACAGCUAUCCCAAGUCUGUGACGACUUUGAACUAGUAAAACGCUGGCUCGUUGUCUGUUUCAUGCAAUCAUGUUAUACCCAUAUGUGUUUAUAACAUAGUUCAAAUACUAAUAUUUGAUUAUAUAAAAACAAAUAUUUAUUGCAUUUCCACUGUUUGCAGAUUCAGGUAUUUUACUGUAAAUGUAUCUUUAUGUGUAUUACAUGGUAAUACAUUUGUAAAUGUAAUCACAGGAACUUGAGUAAGGUUUAUUUUUAGUGAUUUUGUCAGCCAAAGAAAGAGAACCGGGAACAGAGCAAUCCAUUGUCCUUCAUAUAUAACUUCUUAUAGAUUAUAGGUGUUUGUAAAAUGUUACCUAUUGAGCCUCGACUGCGAUGCAAUUUCUAUAGUGUGUUUCUUUCUGUGAUUGUGAGUCUCUUUGAAUGAAUGUUUUGAGAUGAUUUAUUGGCCUUCUGAUGAGAUUAAGAAUUAAGUCUAUACACUCCUCUGGCAGUCAUGCCGGUCUUUUAUUUUAGCAAGAAGCACAAGGAUGUGAGAAUGUACUCUCCUCUAGAGACUGGGAAGAAAGGAUUGUUGUAUCCGUCUGAAUCCUAAUGCAUUUACUGUAAUAUAGUAUAUUAAUUGUAAUACAUAUUACCUGUAUUCUCAGUGUGAUGGGAGCUCAAUGGAAUAUCUUGUAUAAAGAGUUCCUGUUUGUGUCUUUGCACAAUGUUGACCUUUCUUUCUUCCAUUGUAAAUGGAUGUGUACUAUGGCAGUAUAUAAGAGUUAUGUUAUAAAUAAAGUAUUUAUGGUAACUAGGGACCACUAUGUGAAUGGCACAAUUGCAUAAAUCAUAUUUAAGGUAAUCUGUGUGCUGUAUGUGGCCAAUGACUCCUGUACGUGACCAGUCUGGAUUUUGAUGAAGCCAGCUGUAAGGGAAUGUUUCCCAGGAGGUUUUCA